CUCCCAGCUUUUAGAGUCCAUUAGCGCCGAGAGAAGACGCCUAAGCCCCGUGAGCAGAGGCUGCGCGCUCCCAUUGGCCGGAUGACGGUGCACAUGGUAUAACAACAGGAUAUGCAAAGGACUACGGGCUCCCUCCACAGCCUAUCAUGAGGCUCCAGGCCCGGAUCGACCGAAAUCUGCGCUGUAACCAGGAAGUGACCCUCAAACCGCGCACAGCACCAGCCCUCUGAUCCUGGAAACUGGAGGUAUCUGUCUCUGUCUCUGUGUGCUGACUGUGAGUCUGAGCUGAAACAUGUUUAAGAACCGUGUGAGGAUGUUCUUCAAUGAGCUCAAAGUGCUGCUGCUGAUGCGCUCGGGCUCCAGCUCCAGGUCGGACUCAGGAGGGGGAGGUCCUGACCCAGAGCCCAGGAUCGGUGCCUCGUCUGUGGGGAGCUGUGGCUGUUCUCCCCUGGGCUGCUCCCAUCCCAACAACCAGGAUGCGGAGGAUUAUUACGGGAACAACCCCCGUCCCCAGAGCCUGUCCCUGGAGGAGAGGGAGGCCAAAGGUCUGGACACGUCUCUGCCCAGUCUGUCCGAGAUCAGCAUCAAGUCCCCGCAGUGUCGCAUCUGCUUCCAGGGGCCCGACAAGGGGGAGUUGCUGAGCCCGUGCCGCUGUGAUGGUUCUGUCCGCUGCACGCACCAGAGCUGCUUGAUCCGCUGGAUCAGUGAGAGAGGCUCCUGGAGCUGUGAGCUGUGCCUCUUUAAAUAUCAUGUGCUCGCCAUAAGCACCAAGAACCCACUGCAGUGGCAGUGGAUCUCCCUGUCUGUGAUCGAGCGUGUGCAGAUCGCGGCGGUGGUUCUGGGCUCUCUCUUCCUCUUGGCCAGCGUCUCGUGGCUCGUGUGGUCGUCUCUCAGUCCCUCAGCCAAAUGGCAGAGACAGGACCUGCUCUUCCAGAUCUGCUACGCCAUGUACGGAUUCAUGGACAUCGUCUGCAUCGGACUCAUUAUCCACGAGGGCUCCGCAGUUUUCCGCAUCUUUAAGCGCUGGCAGGCCGUGAACCAGCAGUGGAGGGUUUUGAACUAUGAAAAAUCCAAGGACCUGGGCGAGCCGAGUACUUUGAACUCUAAAUCAGGAGAGAGGGCGUCGGCGUCUGCGGGCGGGACAGUGGACAGCAGGGGGCACCCCAUUCGGAGAUACGCCAUAAGAACUAUCUUCCAUCAGAACUGUGGCUUCACUUUACUGCAUGUACUGAACCAGAUCAGGGCCCGAGGGCUGCACCGGAGAGGCCAGGAGGUGGUCAUGAGGGUCACCACUGUAUGAGAGCGACUACAUGUAAGAACUAUGAACUAACACGUGAAAACUAUACCUGGGACUAUAUAGGGUUUUUAAUGGAAGUUAAACACAGUCGUACAUGUUUAAGGGUCUCCACUAAACGAACACGGGACUUAUGGAGAAAGAGAAAAACAACGUGGAACAUAUGAUUUUAUAUAAAGGUCUGCAUCACUGCCAUUCCACACUGCAAAAAGUCACAUCCAGAUUUGUUAAAAUGACUUGAAUUACAAAUAUAUUUCCAACUGACUGACAAAUGUUACUUAUUUGUUGAUUUUAUUUUUAUAUCAAGCUUAUUGUUUUCUUUCUUAUCUUAAGUGCACUAUUCAUUCGAAUAACGUUUUUACUUAAAGGUGCAGGUUAUUUUUUUGUAGAUUUUUCUGUCUUUCAUAUAGCACUUUGAAUUAUUUACUUGUACUUGUUCUUGUUUGCCUAGAAUGUUCCACAGUAUGGCAUUAAACUUAUCCCCAUGGAGACACAUAGGCUGCAUCGCCAAGCCAAGUUAGAUCUGUGGAGAGGCAGCCACAUUCAUGCUUUUGGAAGGACGUUUUAAGUGAUUAAAAACACACGUAAUGAAAUAAAAUGAUUGCGAGACAUGUUUAAUGCAAUGCUGUGGAACAUUAAUUAAGGCAAAGUAAUAGCAUCUCCAUAGAGACGAGCAGGUGGUGGACCCUACACCAGUAAAAUUACAGAGUGCGGCUUUAAAUAAUCCAAUCCAAUCCAACUUUAUUUGUAUAGAAGAUUUUACUAACGCACAAGUCUCCAGAGUGUUGCAUGGAGUAGUCGCAGUGUAAAUCAACGCAUUCAAUAAAAUAAAGCAUAAAAUAAAUAAAUAAAUUAGCAAGUCAAUAAAAAACAUUAACAAACAUAAAAUUAGCAAAUAUAAAAAUAGCAAAUAAAAUCAAUAAUAGACAGUCAGAAGAGCACACAGCUCUCACGCCGUGUUAAAAGUCAGUCGGUAAAAGUGUGUUUUUAAAAGAAUCGACUGAAGGGGGCGCUCUUAACAUGACGGGAGAGCGUUCCAAAGUUUGGGGCCAACCACAGAAAAGGCCCGGUCGCCCUAGGGUCACCCCAGAGUCACCCCAGGGUCAACCCCGCUUUUUAGUCUCGUUUUCGGGAUAACAAGUUGGAGCUGGUCCUUACACCUCAGAGCGCGAAGGAGUGUAGGAAACGUGAGGUCUGAAAUGUACGGGGAAGUGCUUUAAAAACAAGCAAUAACAUUUUAAAAUCAACUCUAAAAUGAACAUGGAGCCAGUGCAAUGAGGAUAAAAUAGGUGUGAUGUGUUCUCUACAACGUGUGCCGUCAAAUCAAGAUUUUUAAGCGUGCAGUCCCCAUAAUUAUUAUUCUUGCAAUGUCUUGUGAAAGCAACACACUGUGCAUCUAAUUAUUAAGUCUACAUUCAGUAGCAAGAACCACGCCAACAACGACAUAGUGCAAAGAAGAAGUUUACUGAUAAUGUUCGAGGCGGGGCGGAGAUGACUGGGUUGAGACUCUGGGUGUGAGUCUCAAUCUUCAUUUGGCCCAGCCGGAGCGAGACCCUCCUCGUAGGCGUCUUAUGGC